UGCUCAAACUCUGAUUCAGCUGCUGCUGCUGCUGCUGCUGCUGUCGAACACACGGAGCGUGUCAGCGUUUCACAGACACGAGCCUGUGCGUCCGUGGGAGAACAAUCACGGAAAAGACACGGUUGAUCGGUAAUUAGACGAGGACUAAUGCGGGACAAAUCCACGGGCUUCCUCUGGGUGGGUGGAUGGAUGGAUGGCGCGUGAAGCACCGCGAGCGCACCUGCAGAGUGAGGAGUAAAAACCGGAGGAGAGGUUGUCAUGGAAACAUGAGAGCGGCGAUGCUGUGACCACUGGACCGAAGACAGAAGGAAAAAUAAACAUCCGUUUGGACAAGUUGUGCGGGACUGGAUCAAAGGCACCGCUGCGACAGAUGUUUCUUGCGUGAGGACGCGCGCGAGGUGAUCCACGAGCUGACUCCUGCAUUCACACGGACACGCACACGGAGGCUAUGGUCCCCGGGGCCCCCGGCAUCGCCACCACCACCACCACCACUAUGCUUCCAGCAUCCGAGGCUGCCAAGAUCUACCAGACCAACUACGUGCGCAACUCCCGCGCCAUCGGCGUCCUGUGGGCCAUCUUCACCAUCCUCUUCGCCAUCGUCAACGUGGUGUGCUUCAUCCAGCCCUACUGGAUCGGGGACGGCGCGGACACCCCGCAGGCGGGCUACUUCGGUCUGUUCCACUACUGCAUCGGUAACGGGCUGUCCCGAGAGCUGACGUGUCAGGGCAGCUUCACGGAGUUCGGCAGCAUCCCGUCCAGCGCCUUCAAGGCCGCCUCCUUCUUCAUCGGCAUGUCCAUGGCGCUCGUGCUCUCCUGCAUCGGCUGCUUUGCGCUCUUCUUCUUCUGCGGCACCGGCACCGUGUACAAGAUCUGCGGCUGGAUGCAGCUGGCUGCAGGCACGUGUCUGAUCCUCGGCUGCAUGAUCUACCCCGACGGCUGGGACAGCGACGAGGUGAAGAGGAUGUGCGGCGAGCAGACGGACAAGUACACGCUGGGCGCCUGCUCGGUGCGCUGGGCCUACAUCCUGGCCAUCAUGGGCAUCAUGGACGCUCUCAUCCUCUCCUUCCUCGCCUUCGUCCUGGGAAACCGCCAAGACAGCCUGAUGUCUGAGGAGCUGCUGGGAGAAAAGACCGGGAACAACGCCAUCUGACUUAAAGACGGAGGAAAAACAGUCACACAGGUCUUUCUGCCGAGAUGUGACACGUUACUCCAGGACACAGCUUCUCUCUCCUCGUCCGUCUUGUGGAUGCAGAGCUGAUGUGUCCAUAGAAGAAUUAAACUUCUCCAGAGGAGGUCGUCGUCGUCGUCGUCUGGACAAAGAUGACCUCACGGCCGUGUGGAGGUGACCGGGACGACCUCACGUCCUCCAUAAAAAACACCCUUGGAACAAAAAAAGAAUUCUCUGAAUUGACCUGUUGGUCUGAACCGCUGGGCGUGUCCGUGUGAGGAAGGCUGCCGUCGUUCAGCUUCAGUGUGUGUGUGUGUGUGUGUGUGGGUAACAAAAGAAGAAGAGUGACAUCAACACAAACAUGUGAAGACAUUUCUGGACUGUACAAACAAACUGGAAGGACAGUGACGUCUCCUUCUUAUUCAGUGUUUGAUGUGAAAAACCAGACGUCAAAGGUUUUAAUGGGGACGUUUUUGUAUAUAAGAAAUACAAACUUCACUAGAAUAACUAGAUAAAAAAAACAACACUAUUAUCUGUGUACAGCUAUAUGUUGAUUAUGUCCCACGUGCGUCGUCUUAUGGACUCAUAUUAGUGUGUGUGUGUGUGCCAUUACUGUAAUCUGUAAUCUGACGCUGUUGUGAUGUAAAAACGGCCACAAGAAGCUCAUUUGAACCUGAAAUGUUCAGAUGAAGUUUGUCUCUUUUUUCAUUAUCUGACAAAACUUCAAAUGAAACUAAAACAAUAUUCUAAAAUGUCACUCAAAGUGGUCUUAUUCACUAGCUAGAGACUGUUAGCCUGGUUUAAGCUAACAGUCGUCUAACUUCUAUUAAAAUUAUUGUUACUGAAAAGAAUUUGAAGACUAUUUGACUGUUAGCUUAAAAAAGGGAGUUGAAUCAAAAUUGAACAAAGUUAUCACAAUCAUUUGUUUGCUAGCUGCACGAUAAUAGCUUAAUUAGCAUAGGUUUGAGGCUACAGCUAAAAGAAAACCCUGUCAAAAUACAUUAAACUGUAAAUGUGACUUUAAAAACAUAAAAUUGACACCUUUUGUGCUAAAAUGUCAUGGAGAGUGGGCUUAUUCACUAGCUAGGCUGUUAGCUUAGUUUAAGCUAAACAGUCGCCUAGCUUCUAUGAAAAUGAUGAAUUAAAACUAUUAAUGUUAGUGGAUUUGAAGACUAUUUGACUAUUAGCUAAAAAAGUACUUAAAAAAUGCAAAGUUAUCACAACUUGGGGAGCAGGCUCGUUUGCUAGCUGCACGUUAUUAGGUUAAUUAGCGCAAGUUUUAGGCUACUUCACUUUAAACUUUCCAUGUUACUAAAAAGCAUAAGACACAGACGCUGGGAGUCGCCUCAUUUGUUAGCUAUAGCUUAGCUUUGCUAAGAAAUGAACAAUAAUCCCACUACAAUGGGAUUCCCGUUAAAAUAUGAUUGAAAACAAAAUGGGGAGUUAAAAUUCGGUGAAACUAUUGAACCAAACCUCUCGUCUAAUCCAAACGUGUGUACGUUACGUAAUGCCUGAAUAUUUGAUUUCAAAAUGACUGUUUUAAAAAAACUCUUCCGUCUAAAACAUCACGGUUGUUUCUUUUCUGUAUGGAUUUGUCCGGAGGAGCAAAGAUGUACAUCUUACAUUUUAUCAUGUGACAUAACAACAACAACAACAAUAAUAAUAAU